CCCUUAACCCAAUUGAAUUAGAAGGGCACACCCCGUGGCAUGCGUCGCGUCGCUUGCAACCGUAUCGUCCCGCAUUUCCUCGAUUCCCUUUCCGCGCGUGAAACUACUCGCGAGUGCACCUCUUCACUACCGAACGGAAGCUGGGAUCACGCGUGCUUGAUGUACUAUAUCCGAGAGAUGAACAAUAUCGGUGUUUUCGCCAUCAAAAUCCCGGAGUAACUCGACCAACAUCUGGUGUCUGCGAUAGUUCGUUGUAAAAUAUAACAAGAACGUAGCGACACGGGUUACAAUCUUGGUUCGGAUAAACCACCACAUUGCUUUACCACGCUGUGAAACUGGCCUGUCUGCUUUGUUAUUAUCCCUUCUAAAACGAUGAUGUGACAAGUGCUUUUUAACGGAGGAAUAGUAUUCGAAAGGCAGGCUCUGUGUGAUCGACGUCGAGCGGUUUGGGGGCGGUGAAUCUCGCAUCGUUGCGGAGAUGGGCAAAGUUUUAUUCGAAUAGUAUCGAAUAAAGUCGACGUCAAGCGAUUUUUCCGUGACAUAUUAUUCGAUCCAGUGAUUACAUUGCUUUCCGUAGAAUUUUAGUUUCGUUAGGUUUUGAUCAUUGCUUUCAAUUCUACAAAGCUAAUUUUCGCCAGUUCCACCAAUAUAUAAUAUAAAUUUGUUAAAUCGACCGCAAGAACUGGCACGUUGUCUAAAUAUUUGCAUUGCCUCGAAUCCGCUCCUCGGUGGAGACCCUCGUUUCACGAUCGCGAGGGUGAAAGAGGACACACCAGGAUGGAACGAAUAGCACGUCGGUCGAACUGCCCACGGAAGGGAGCUAAUACACGUCACGUAACGCUUUUCUAAGGUAUCGGCGAGGUUUUGGUAGCCUGGACGUGGCCGAAGUGCACGAGAAUGGAGCACCUGGAUGAUUAUCAGACCGCCGAGCCCGCCAACGGCAAAGGAACCGGGAACGUCGAUGAUGAAGAUGGUUUCGAUCUCGACGAUCUACUGCCGAUCGUCGGCGAGUUUGGUCGUUAUCAGAAACAGCUUCUCUGGCUCGUGUGUCUUCCGGCGUGUCUCCCUUGCGGAUUUUGCGCCUUCAAUCAGCUCUUCAUGGCCGACACGCCGCCCCACUGGUGCAAAGUGCCAGGAUUGGAGAACUUGGACGUGUCACGUAGAAGGAAACUCGCGAUCCCUAUCAGUCAGGAUGACAACGAAACGUACAGUCAAUGCACACGAUACGAUAUCGAUUGGACAGCGGAGAAUAUUUCUGUCGUGACGACGCUCUCGUCUAUACCAAACGCAUCGUGGCCUGUUGUCCCGUGCGAUCAUGGUUGGGAGUACGAGACCUCGGAGACACCGUCCUCCAUCGUUAUCGACUUCAAUUUAGUGUGCGAUCAUGCGAUUUAUCCGACGAUCGGUUUGGUCGCUCUGAACACUGGUGGUCCGAUAGGGGUGUACCUUUUUGGUACCCUAAAUGACAGAAUCGGCAGAAGGCUAUCCUUUUUCACAUGCCUAGCGACACUGAUCACAGGAGGAUUUCUAACAUCGAUAUCGAACAGCUUUUGGACAUGGGCUGCCACGAGGAUGGUCGUCGGCUUGACCAUACCAGCCAUUUACCAGAUACCUUUCAUCAUAUCUUUGGAAUUGGUUGGACCAAAUUACCGUUCGUUCGUGACGGUAAUGACUUGUAGCUUUUACACAAUGGGCCUGUGUAUGCUGGCUGGCGUGACCUACUUGAUAAGAGAUUGGAGAACGUUAGCAGUAACCACAAGUGCACCUUUUCUUUUGUACUCCUUGUACUGGUGGUUCCUGCCAGAGUCUCCACGAUGGCUGUUAGCGAAAGGCCGUCUCGGAGAGGCGAACGACAUCCUCGAGAGGCUCGCGAAAGUUAAUGGGAAAGAGCUACCAAUCUCUUUCACCCAGAAACUUCGUCAACGAAUGAUGAUGUCACGGUCCAAAAGUGAGGAGGAGAGAUUGCGCAACGGGCCUGGUGUUCUCUCUCUCUUCAAGUCGCCGAACAUGCGUCUGAAAACGUGUUUAAUCACAUUGAAUUGGUUUGCCAACAACAUGGUGUACGUCGGUUUGUCGUACUACGGUCCAGCUCUGGGGAACGAAGAACACCUGAGCUUCUUCUUUUCGUCUCUCGCUGAGAUUCCUAGCUACAUGGCUUGUUGGGUCGUGAUGGAUCGAUGGGGCCGUCGAUGGCCUCUUUGUCUAUGUAUGGUCGUUGCUGGGAUCUCCUGUAUCGCCACGGUUCUCCUGUCAUCUGACGCUGUGGUGGCUACGUUGAUUCUGUUCCUGUUAUCGAAAUCCGCGAUAUCUGCCUCCUUUUUAAUUAUAUAUCCGUUCGCCGGUGAACUUUACCCCACGCAACUGCGCGGCGUAGCGAUCGGUUUCUCUGCUUACAUCAGUGGUCUCGGACUUAUCAUCAUUCCUUUUGUUACUUAUCUCGGUAAGGAGAACUUGGUGCUGCCCCUCGUGAUAUUGGGCACCGUAUCGGUGAUAGGCGGUCUCUCGGGCUUGCGUCUGCCGGAGACUCUGCAUCAUCGUUUGCCGCAAACGGUAGAAGAGGGGGAGCUUUUUGGAAAGGACUGGACCUGUGCCGACUGCUUUCGUUGCGUUCCAAUCAAACCUUCGUCCGCUGCUGCUUCCUACGAGGACCUAUCGGCCAGAGAGACGAUGGAGAUGCACGAGGUUCCCGAACCACCUGUCGACAUUCCUCAAAGAACAUUGGAAGAGCAACAGAGACCCAGUGGCGCGAGCGUGCGUCGUUUGGUCCGUCAGUCCAGCGUGAUGGACACGCAGCGGGACUCCGACGGCUCCAUCAAGAUGACUUACUGGUUCUAGACUGGUUGAAUCGAGCCGUGUGCCUCAAAUAAAAUCGAAACAACGAUACGUAUUAUGCAUUGUCGUUUCUUACUCUAUUUGGGCUCUUGGCACACAAUCUAGAGGGAAGAAAACUUUUCACGGUUUCUAAUACUUAACGGUUAAAUUGUUCGUGAUGUAUAGAUUCGAUGAUGGAAAUAGUUUAUUUUUAAACAGGCAACGGAUUAAAUAUAAAUCCCCUCGAUUAUCGAAUGAGAAUUUCGUUGUGCCCUGAUGUGGACAAGUGGAGGGAGCGAAGGUUAGGGUAGUAAUGUAUAGACUGUGCAGGGCUGCUAUUGUCGCAGGGGCAGUAAUACCGUAGUACUAUAUUUGAUUUAAAAUUGUAAAAAGUAAACAUUCAUCGGAUCUGUCGUCAAACAUUCACAGCACACGGAGAUGUGCCGUAGUAUAGUGAGUAAGAAUCACUGGUUUUGAGGAUCAAGAUCCGUGAGUGAUUCGAUCAACUUAAUCGGGGAUCGGAUCUCUGUCAAUUUGUUUUCCUCGACGGUUUCUUGUAUGACUUGUUUAGAAUUUCAAGAUGGCCUGGAAAUGUAGCUAUGCUGGAAAGCCGAAGAGAUUGAACCGGGAUGUAAUUCAGAUUCAGCGAUCAGAAUUUUUAGAAAAGGUUACGUCACUAUUAAUUAAAUUUUCGUAUGGUAUCAAUUAACAAUUGCGAGCGCGUAUGUUAAUGGAGAAAAGACGAAUUUCUAGGUAUAAUAGCAGCGCAGUUGAGCCUCGCUUUUUACUUUAAAACGACACGUUGGAAUUCAGUGGAUCACAGUUCAAUUUCUCGUGCUUAUAUCUUUCGCGAAGAGCGUUAUUUUGACUCAUAACUGCAUCAGCAGAAAUAUGUAUGGUGUCGGUAUUAUUAUCAGUUAAAGUCUAGCGUGUAAUUCAUGUAUAAAAUUCGUUUAGCAUGAUUCUAUUUUAUUUCUUAACAAUUGUACAAUACACGUGAGACGUUUGAUUUCGUGUUCUCAUUUUUAAGUUGCUACGUAGUAUAGUUAAGUGGAAGUCACAGAAAUGAAACCGCAUCCUCGUAUUUUAUUUCUUACGUCAUUUCAUUUCUUAACUGUUACUAUUACAAAUUUUCUUACCGUUUCAUUAUGUUUCAUCGAUGAUAUGUGUUAUCUGCGCUAAUAUAGAUAUCAAACAUUUUUCGACAAAAUCUAAAUGACAGAAACUAUGGAAAGUACAAAUUAUUAAAGAAAAAAAAUUAAUCCA